GAUGGCGCCCAAGAAGGAUAAGAGAAAGUGCCCCAGGAAGCCCAGAUUCCAAGAAGGUGAUCGUGUGUUAUGUUUCCAUGGGCCUUUUCUGUACAAAGCUGAAUGUAUGAAGGUAUCGGUAAAAUACCGCAAGGUCAAAUAUCAGGUCCGUUACUUUGGGGUUAAAGAACGGAAUGCUCUGAAGCUCAAGGUGGUUGAGCAUCUUUCCCAGGUUGAGAGCCCCGAUGCUUGCCAGCCAGGCACCAGUAAUGACAAGGAUAGUGCAGUAGCACUUCCUGCCGCUGGCAGUGAUGCAGGUGUGGCCUUUAAAAAGCGCCCCGUCCCCCAAGCUGACUGGGAGGAUGAAUGGCUUCCCCAGAGUAAAUUACUCAAAUACAACCAGGCCAAUCUUAGGAAAUUGCGGGAGCUUAACCGCAAGCAGGCUCAGCCUGCCACAGGGACUGUGACAAGGUCCUCUCCUAGAGAAAAGGCUCCUCCUACUCAGAGGAAAACUGCUAGAGCCUCAACCCUAAGAAUACAAAAUGCCAAAAAUAAUGCAAAGAAAGCUCCUCCUGUAGGAGUGGCCCAAACUACCACUAGUAAGACUGGCCGUAAAAGGGGACGGCCACCGGGAAGUAAGAGUAAGGGCAAGACCUCUGUGGCAGGGAAAAGAAAGGCUCCCCCCAAUUCUGCUGUUGCUGCUGAUAGUGACAGUGACGGUGAACUGAAUCGCAGAUUCCUGCGCAACCCGCAAAGCAGAGUGCGUAUUCCUGAGGUACUGAAGCCGUUGCUGAUGGAUGACUGGGACUUGAUUGUUAAGCAAAACCAACUGUUCCGUCUCCCCGCGAAGAAGACCGUGGCAUCAAUUCUGGAGGACUAUGAACAGUCUGAGAAAGCCGUUGAAAAUGCCGAUGAAAAGUGGUUGCAGGAUGUUAGCGAAGUGGUGUCAGGGAUCAAAGCUUAUUUCAAUGUUAUGUUGGGCUCUCAACUGCUGUACAAAUUUGAGAGACCCCAGUAUGCUGAAAUCCUGGCUACUCAGCCUGGUGUUUCCAUGUGUCAUAUUUACGGAGCACCACACCUCUUGAGAUUAUUUGUGAAAUUUGAGGAGAUGUUGACCCAUACGCCUCUUGAGGAGCCAAGCUUGGCUUUAUUGCUGCAGCAUUUGCAUAGUUUCUUGGGUUACUUAGAAAAGAAAUUUUCUGAUUUGUUCAACUUCAAUGAAUAUGAAGUUGCGGCUCCUGAGUAUUUCCGCAAAGCUUUUUAGGAGGCUGAUGAUGGUAUUUGUAUAAGAGUAAGAGUGUUUGUUAUCUUUCGAUUUUGCUAAACAAAGAUGUUCUACAACAUAAUCUACACAAAUAAUUGUUUUUGUGUUAAAACAUAACCAAUGUUUCUUUAAUGUUUUGUUUAAGUCAGAGUUACAAAGGGCAUUUGAGACCCUCUUCUCCAUGUAGAGCUACUAUUCAUUUGUGUAAUAGGGAAUGAACUAUGUAGGAAAUUUUAUGUUGACAAAAUAUUUUAAUUCUGUUCAACUUCUUUUAUGAUAAGUACUUUUACUGUCUGUAUUCUUGGAUAAUGACAAAGCAUCUUGUGGCUGAGGUUUAACUUCUUAUAUAUAGAUAAAGACUCAUUUGUGUUAAUUUUCUUUUUAAUUUUAAUGUUAAUUUCCUUUUGGGGUAUUGAAGUAGAUGGAUUCUCCUUGAAAUUUUACUUUGUUAUUCUGAAACAAAACAUUUUCUUUUCAAGAUUGUUGAAGAUGAUCAUUUGUUAUUUGUAAGAUUACUUAGAAAGUGUGAGUUGUCAAGAGUUGCUUUUUAAAGCCCAGAAAUAAAGUUUUGUUGAAAAUGCAA